UCUUUCUUUUGAAUGAAAAUCUUUCCCCAUUCUUCUCGUGAACGUAACAAAUUCCGAAUCCCAUCAGAUUCAGUGUUUUCUUUUUUUUUUUUUGGAUUAAAAUUAAAUGUUUCAAUUAUUAUUUGUGCUGAACAUUAGGAGUAUUCAUUCAGUGUUUUCAAUUUCGUACCCUCAUGAUUCCCCUUCAUAGCAUCAAAAAUAGAAAUGGUUCAAAAAUCAAGAACACCGAACAAAAAAGAAUGAUAAAGUAAAAACACUUUCACAUGAUAAAUUUGCCACCUCAUCAUCUCCCUCCAAAACGACACCGUUCAAUAAUUUUCCCUCCUUUUUAAGGCUGUGUUUAGUUAUUUUCUCAUUCGGUGAAUCGGUGUUGAAGAAGUUGUUGCAGAAAUUCCCAAUUCACCAUUCAUAAAACCUAAUACUGUAGGUGAGAUUAGGGUUUGAAAAUGCCUGCUGAGAAUUGGGAUGGAGAAGUAGAACCAUUUGCUGAAGUUGAUCCAACAGGAAGAUAUGGUCGUUACAAUGAUUUACUUGGUAGUGGAGCUGUGAAGAGAGUAUACAGAGGUUUUGAUCAAGAAGAAGGAAUUGAAGUUGCAUGGAAUCAAGUUAAACUUCGGAAUUUCAGCAACGAUCCUGUCCUUAUCAAUCGUCUUCAUUCUGAGGUUGAAUUGCUCAGAAAUCUCAGUAACAAGUAUAUCAUUGUUUGUUACAGUGUGUGGAAAGACGAUGAACGUGGUAAUAUCAAUUUUAUUACUGAGGUUUGUACUUCCGGGAACCUUAGGGAUUAUAGGAAGAAACAUCGACAUGUUUCGAUUAAGGCGUUUAAGAAAUGGUCAAAACAAGUUCUUGAAGGAUUGGAGUAUCUUCAUACACAUGAUCCCUGUAUUAUCCACAGAGAUCUUAAUUGCAGUAAUAUCUUUGUUAAUGGGAACAUUGGCCAGGUAAAAAUUGGUGAUCUGGGAUUGGCUGCAAUAGUAGGAAGGACCCAUGCAGCACAUUCAAUUUUAGGGACUCCUGAGUACAUGGCACCUGAGCUGUAUGAGGAAGAUUACACUGAAAUGGUAGACAUAUACUCAUUUGGAAUGUGUUUGCUUGAAAUGGUUACAAUGGAGAUACCAUAUAGUGAAUGUGACAGUGUAGCCAAGAUAUACAAAAAGGUUACAAUGGGAAUUAAGCCUCAAGCCUUGAGCAAUGUCAGAGAACCAGAAGUGAAGGCAUUCAUUGAGAAAUGCAUUGCACAACCAAGGGCAAGACCUUCAGCUACUGAUCUUCUUAAGGAUCCUUUCUUUUUUGAACUCAACAGUGAUGAAGAAUCAACACUUAUCACUUGAUUGAUUUCCUUCAUUCACACAAAUUCAUUUGUUGUCCCUCUUUUGUCCAACUAUAUACUUUUUACUUGAUUUGUUAGUAUGUGCAUUUGAACCACUAUAGUUUCACUAUAUCAAUAAUGUACGUAACUUCAUCAUGGUAGUGUUAAAACCUACUAUUGAAUAAUACAAAGUCAGAGUUUAAACCGACUUUGUUUAUGACAAGGUGACACAACUGUUGUGGUAAAUAAUGUGCAGGAAAGCACCAACUGUCGAAUCUAUUGGCUGUCUUUGUAAUUAGUGGCUGUGGAAGUUGAUAUUAAACCAAGAAAACUGAAAGUAGUAUUACCUAAUUCAUUAUGCUAUAUCACAAUUUUAUUGAAUUCUCACAUUGUCAA